UCUGGCGCCUUAUUUCUGGCAACUCGCCAUUUCUUGUAUCAUAGUUAUCCAUGGCUAUGUAUUUAGCCAAUAUCAGCAAAAUCAGCAACAAGCAAUUACUGAUUUAUGUAAGAUGGCAGCUAUAAGGGCAAUCAAAAAGAAAGCAACAUUGAAAAUACAGUGUUUUCCGGUAUAAUGGAUUUCUAAAUAUAGACUCAUAACAAGGAGUAUACAUAUAUAGAACAUUUAAGAAAUGCACAGCAUUUGUGUUGAAAUCUAUGUAGCAUUGUUAUUAUAAAGUAUUUUUAAUAAAAGGAAAUGUGGCUCUUUAAAGUUUUAGUUUUUAUUAUUGCAAUUCUUGAAAUUUUCCAAACUUCAACGUCUAGCAAAAUUCGUCAGUAUUCCACGGGACGAUUGCUCUAUUUUGCUGGCGAUUUAAAUAAAGAUCAUGUCGAGAAUAUUUCGUUUUUGUUUUACAAAUCUGCAUAUGAUGCUGACAUAAGCAAAAUCAAAUUGCAGAGUACAUUACGAAACUUUUUGGAAAAUCUUCAAAAAAACCUCACAAUAUCAAGUAUAUUGAAAAUAGGCAGAAGUGAAGUGAACUUGGAAAGAUCGCAGCAAAAACUGAAUGACCACAUGGAAUUCUUCAGAACUGCUUCCCAUUAUGUGGAAGAAUUCUCACUUAAAACUGAACAUUUUUUACAAGUUAGUAAAAAUGAGAGUGCUUCUUUUUUAUUGAAACUUAGGCGGGUGCCUACUGGUCACCGAAUAUUGCCUCCACAUAUUAAGUUACAGUUUACUACAUAUUUUGCGGAAAUGGAGUUUUUCAACGUAAUGUUUUUUGAAGUAAUCAAUGAGGGAAUGGAAUAUAUUAUCAAUGCUCUUCAAAUAAUAAGAACUACAUUUGAUGGCUAUGCAGAUAUUCAACGAUACGUUUUGCAAUACUGGGAUUUGGAAUAUGAUAAUUGGUGUUACAACCAAUAUUUUGAAUUUUUGCAGAAGUGGUCCACCCAGAUAUAUAAUUGUGCGACUUCUUCGAGAUUGGAGAUGGUGUACGAUGUUUAUGCAAUGACAGAAACAGUUAUUAAACAUGUCAUGCGCCAGUUAGAAUUCAAAAUGCAACGUUUGUUUAAUUGUUUUACGUUAGACGGAUAUAUUAUUAAAUGUAGUUUUUUGCGCAAUGCUGAGAGAGAUUUCGAAGAAUUAUUUACAGUUUUGAGAGACUUACAAACAUAUUAUGACAUAGCAGUAAAUCGAGGGCGAGUGGAAAUAAAACGAAAACGGCGCAGUGAGACACUUUUACCUUCAAGUGAAAAUGAAUCUGAUGACCAAAAACUGAAAUGUAUACCUUAUGGAUUUCCAGAAAAUGAAAUGCUUACAAGUCUUAAGAUGUGUUUCAAUAUAAAUAAAAGUACAAUUAAAUACCGGUGAAAAAUGUAUUUCUAAAGACAGUAUUUAUUCAGCUAGUCAAACACGUAUUGGUACCAAACAAACUACCUGUACAAUUCCCAAUUGCUGUGAGACUAUACCACUACAGCUGCGGAAAAUUAGGAAUGAUGUACAUAUAAUAUGUAUAUAGUAAUGCACGAAGGAGCUGCAUUUCGAACUUCUUUUUGGACAUUCAAGUAGGUCCAUUCUACAAAUUGACAGAAACAAGACGCAUUUAUUAAAGGUGACACGAGAUCAACAAGAAUGUUUUGUACGUUCGAUUGUCACAGCAAGGUAUUGGCGAAGUAGAAAACAAAAAAAUAAUUCGCCUUGUUUUAUUCGAUGCUGAUAGCUACAUGGACACAGCGAAAGAAAAAAAGAACAAAUGAGAUGAUUUACCAACACAACCUUUAAUAAAUUCGCCUAGGACAGAAGUAACUUCUUGUUUAUUUAAAAAAAAAACUAUUUAAAAAAAACGAGCCCAGUGAGACACCAAUGAC